AUGAAUCCAAAUAAUCAAAAGUAUAAUUCUUUAUCUAUUCCAGGAAAUAAUGGAUUGGAUCUUUUUGGCACAUGUGAUAAAUGUUUAACAAAGGUUUAUGUUCCAGAUAAAGUUCCGGAGAAGAAGGAAGAAAACGUUCCAAGUGGUAAAUAUGCUAUGACACCGGAAGAGGAAGAUUAUAAAAUCGGUAAAGGCAAGUUAGUUGUUUUGAGUUAUGAUGCAUCGUCCAAAUUAGAAAUCACAGCUAAGAUCGGCGAUCAUUCCGUUGAUGUUAGUGGCAAGAAGAAAUCCGCCGUCCUCUUCACAGAAGAAGGAUAUCUUACGAUCACAAACAAGAAGAAUAACAACAACAAUAAGAAAUCACAAGUCUUCAUGUACAUAUACGACAUCUCUAAUUAUCCUCCAUUCGACUACUGGAUCUUCAUCACGGGCACACCGACGAUCCAAGCUAAAGAUUUCGGUGUUGACAGCAAGCACUUGUUGGUAAGCGCAUCGCGAUCUUCGCAUCUUUCUUCAAGUCGACAUCGACACUGA